UUGGAACAGGGUUCGCUGCUUUUGUCCGUGAGUAUAACUGAUACACGCAAAUUUUUCGUGGAUACUUGAAUGGCCCACAGAAGAUAGAUUUGUUAAAACUGAAAAUGAUACUUCUCUCCCAGACACCUGGUUUCAGUAGCAUUUCAGUAUCAUAGUACAACAGUACAAUUUCAAGGAUCAUUUUGUGUGAGCAAGCCACAGUAUCAUAUUUGACCAUGUAUAAUCUACAUAAUAUCGGAAAACUUUUGAACUUGGAAUCAUAUUGAGCAAAAAAAAAUUCAAUAUCACAUCACCAUAAUCAAUUAUUUCAAAUAUUAUAGAAAUAGUAUAAUGCCUAUGAAUAGAAAUCCAAGUAUCAGAUCAUCCACUAGUACUUUUGUGGACCACUACGAAUUGGGAUGCACUGAAAUCAUUCCUAGUAUCUUACAUAAUGCUCAAAUGCAAAUACAUGACGAUAACACCAAUGCUUACCAGAGGUGUCAUGCUGGACAAUGACUGGGGAGAGGCAGGCUACUCGGCUUCGAUCUUUGUAUCUCAAAUCGGUCCUUAGACAGGAUAUGACAUUCUUCGAUGUAGAAAUGACGACUGGACAAAUAGUCUCUAGUAUAUCUGCCGACACGACUCUAAUUCAGGGUGCUAUUGGUGAGAAGGUCGGCAGGUUUCUACAGCUUGUUACAACUUUCUUCGGUGGGUUUGUGCUGGCAUUCAUCAAAGGCUGGCUUCUAACUCUUGUUAUGCUCUCUACUAUACCACCAUUUAUUGCUGCUGCUGGAAUUGUGGCAAAGAUGCUGUCCAAAAUAUCUAGCCAGGGUCUAGCAUCAUACAGUGAUGCAGGUGAUAUUGUUGAAGAAACAAUUGGCUCCAUAAGAACGGUGGCUUCCUUCAAUGGUGAAAAGAAGGCCAUUGUCCUGUACAACAAUCUGAUAAAGAAGGCAUACAAAGGAGCAGUCAAGGAAGGGGCUGUCCAAGGCUUUGGCAUGGGUUUACUUUCAUUACUAUAUUUCUCCACUUUUGGAUUAAUUAUAUGGUACGGCAGCAAGUUAAGCCUCACUAAAGGAUAUAGUGGAGCAGAUAUCCUAAAUAUCAUGUUUGCAAUCAUGAUAGGUGCAAGAUCUUUAGGUGAUGCAACACCCUGCAUAGCUUCCUUUGAGGAAGGAAGAGUUGCGGCUUACAGAUUGUUCAAAACAAUCGAGAGGAGACCAGAAAUUGACUGUGAGGAUAGUACUGGCAUUGUAUUAGAGGACAUCAAGGGUGAAGUAGAACUGAAGGAUGUGUUCUUCAGCUACCCAGGCAGGCCAGAUCAACUGAUAUUUGAUGGAUUUUCAGUUCAUGUAUCAAGUGGCACAACAAUGGCCAUAGUCGGGGAGAGUGGGAGUGGAAAGUCAACCGUGAUCAAUCUGGUUGAGAGAUUUUAUGAUCCACAGGCUGGAGAGGUUUUAAUUGAUGGAAUGAACAUCAAAAGUUUCAGGCUAGACUGGAUAAGGGGGGAGAUUGGCCUUGUUAAUCAGGAACCCCUGCUCUUCAUGACGUCCAUCAGGGAGAAUAUUACCUAUGGAAAAGGGGAUGCAACCUUGGAAGAAAUCAAGAGAGCAGCCGAGCUUGCAAAUGCAGCAAGCUUCAUUGAGAACUUGCCUAAUGGUUAUGACACAACAGUUGGACAACGAGGUGCUCAGCUUUCCGGGGGACAGAAGCAGAGGAUUGCGAUCGCGAGAGCCAUCCUUAAAAAUCCAAAAAUCCUUUUGCUUGAUGAAGCAACUAGUGCAUUAGAUUUGGAGUCUGAAAGGAUAGUCCAAGAUGCGCUAAAUAGGAUCAUGGUGGGGAGAACCACACUUGUUGUGGCGCACCGUUUGAGCACUGUAAGAAAUGCUCACUGCAUCUCAGUUGUUUCUAAAGGAAAAUUAGUAGAACAAGGGCAUCAUGAUGAAUUGGUAAAGGAUCCUAAUGGAGCAUACUCUCAGCUUAUACGGCUGCAAGAGACACAACAACAAAAUGACCGCAAGUCAGAUGCUAGAUUAUCAGGCUCAGCAUCUAAAAGGAGUGGGUCACUCAGACGAUCAGUAAGUAGAAGUUCAGGAGGGAGCAGCCGUCAUUCUUUAAGUCUUCCCUUCGGGGUUCCUAGCCCCACAGAACUUCUGGAAUAUAACUUUGCAGAUGCUGCCAGACAAAAUGAAAAUGCUGAUGAUAAGGUACCAAAUAAAGCACCAAUGGGGCGCCUAAUUAGCCUAAACAAACCGGAGGCUGCAGUUCUUCUAUUUGGGUCUAUUGCAGCAGCAAUUGAUGGAGCUAUCUUUCCAACAAUCAGUUUAGCAAUGGCUAGUGCUGCUAAAAUAUUUUAUGAAUCACCAGACCAGCAACGGAGAGAUUCUACCUUUUGGGCAUUGCUGUGUGUUGUGCUGGGUGCAAUCGCUCUGAUAUCAAAGCUAGCGAGUAGCUUUCUUUUUGCAAUAGCUGGUGGGAAGCUUAUAGAACGAAUCCGAGCUUUGACAUUCCAAAACAUAGUGCACCAAGAAGUUGCUUGGUUUGAUCAUCCUGCAAAUUCCAGGUAAGUAAUAUAUAUUUUGAUCUAUUCAUGGAAAUGAACGCUCAAUAUACUAACCUUCACUUUCAUAUACAGUGGGGCACUUAAUGGAAGGCUAUGUAUUGACGCACUUAAUGUAAGACGUCUAGUAGGAGAUAACUUGGCCUUACUGGUCCAAAGUACUGCAACACUUAUUUGUGGAAUAGUAAUAGCAAUGGUCGUAGACUGGAAGCUUUCAUUGGUAAUCUUAGUUGUAAUUCCUUUAGUGGGUCUCCAGGGUUAUGCUCAAGUGAAGUUCCUACAGGGGUUCAGUCAAGAUGCUAAGACAAUGUAUGAGGAAGCAAGUCAAGUUGCAACUGAAGCAGUUGGUAGCAUCAGAACAGUAGCAUCUUUUUGUGCUGAGAAGAGAGUGAUGGACAAAUACAAUCAGAAAUGCCAAGCUUCUAGGGAUCAGGGAAUUCGAACUGGAAUAGUUGGAGGCCUUGGUUUAGGUUUCUCAUAUCUGAUGCUAUAUGCCAGCUCUGCUCUUUGUUACUAUGUUGGUGCAAAGUUUGUUAGUCAGGGCAAAUCCACUUUUGGUAAUGUCUUCAAGGCUUACUUUGCUUUAGUUUUAGCCAUGAUUGGAGUAGCACAAACAAAUGCUAUGGCUUCUGACUCAGCUAAGGCAAAUGAUUCUACUACUUCCAUAUUCUCAAUCUUGGAUAGAAAAUCCCAAAUUGAUUCAAGCAGUGAAGAAGGUUCCACCUUGGUGAAUGUCAAGGGUGACAUUGAUUUUAAGCAUGUCAGCUUCAAAUACCCAUCCCGUCCAGAUGUUCAAAUAUUCACUGACUUCACCUUGAGCAUUCCCUCUGGAAAGACAGUUGCACUUGUUGGUCAAAGUGGUAGCGGCAAGUCCACGGUGAUAGCUUUAUUAGAGCGCUUCUAUGAACCUGAUUCUGGUGUGAUUUUAUUAGAUAGGAUGGAAAUUGGUAGCCUAAAGAUCAGUUGGUUGAGGGAUCAGAUGGGAUUGGUAAGCCAAGAACCAGUGCUUUUCAGUGGAACAAUCCGUGAUAAUAUAGCUUAUGGGAAGGAAGAAGAGGUAACAGAGGAAGAGAUUGCCAUGGCUGCUAGAGCAGCCAAUGCCCAUGACUUCAUCUCAAGCAUGCCGCAGGGGUACAACACAACUGUUGGAGAGAGAGGAACGCAACUGUCAGGUGGCCAAAAACAGCGGAUAGCUAUCGCGAGGGCUAUCCUGAAGGACCCAAGGAUACUUCUUCUGGACGAGGCGACAAGCGCAUUAGAUGCUGAAUCAGAGCGCGUUGUUCAGGAUGCAUUGGACCGUGUGAUGGUUGGCAGGACAACCAUCAUUGUGGCACACCGCCUUUCAACAAUCCAGGGAGCUGAUAUGAUUGCAGUUCUGAAGGAUGGCGUGAUUGUGGAGAAAGGAAGACAUGAAAAAUUGAUGGGCGUGUCUGGUGGAGCUUAUGCUUCACUUGUUCGCACCAUGUAACAGAUUUGUGCUAUGCAAUUUAUUCCUAUUAAUUGUUAGAAAUUUAUCUAUUUAUGAAAGAAUUUUCAAGUAAUAUCUAAUUGCUAGUGCUAGGUCCCCCAAUGUGUUUAAAUUUUGCACAGAGCAUAUUAACUGACCAACAAGUACUCAUAAACAAUGGCAUGGAUCAAUCAUUCAAUUGCACUGAAUUUACGUACAAGAGCAUUUAAAAUUUUAAAUCUAUGAAGCUACACAUUGAAAUGCAAAAUUAACUAAGUUCAAAAGAAGAGGUGGUUCUCGGCUCAUGCUGAACCAAUCUUGUCUUCAACAACGCAACGCAGGAAUCAGGAACCAAAAUAUGGCAACUACAUUGACAAUAACCUAGCAUUCAUCCUCCAUUUCACGCAUAAAGACAGGUAAUGACGAAACUCGAAACUGCUGGCGAAGAAGCAAUUCGUACUAGGAUACAAUGUGCCGGAUGGUUGCUGCUCGGUACUCAGCAAAUUAACUCAACAAAAAAUCAGUGAUUUUCAUUUCGACUCGAAUGGCUCUGCAUCUGCGCAUACGAACUAACUACUAAGCAGGUGGAAACUACAUGAAUGCAGUAAGAACUUCAGAAGAGUAAAAAGCCAUACGAGAGCAAGCGUACUCCUGC